CCAGUUCACAUCUUCAGCAUAUCUGGUCACACAGCAGCUUUUAGGAGAAUUUUUAGUUUCAGUCUUGUGUCUGUGCUUGAACCAGCGGCAGAAUAUCUGCGUCACUGAGACCGUAUUCAUUCUUUCAGAACAGAAGAUAAAGGCGUGGUGAAGAAACGGAAGAGUACAGACGAAGAAGAAGAAAAGAGAGACGCAGAGAGAGAGAGAGAGAGAGAGAGAGAGAGAGAGAGAGAGAGAGAGCACUGCUAAAAGGACAGAAGAUUAAAAGGUCAGACUUUGUGGUGUAAAGAUGGCCAGCGCUCCUGUACCUUUCACUAAUGUGGGAAGCAGCUACACCGUCGUCACUCAAGUUAUUCCCUCAUCUACAGCAGAACAAAAUUCCACUCAGACAAUCAGCCCACUGAGAAAGUUCCUGAAAGGAGAACCCAAAGCUCUGGGGACUGUCCAGAUAAUGAUAGGUUUGUUGACGUUAUUGUUUGGUAUCGUGUCUGCGACCUUCCCUGAGUCCGUCAUCAUCUUCUCCGGAGUCGUCUUCUGGAGCCCAGUGUUUCACAUCAUUUCCGGCUCUCUGGCUGUUUCAGCGAGCAACAAGUUAAACUCCUGUGUGGUGAAGGCCACAUUGAUACUGAAUAUUUUUAGCACGCUAUCUGCAGGAAUCACCAUCAUCUUCCUGUUCUUGGAUCUGAUUUUUGGGAGUUAUAGAUACUCACACUAUGAGGACAGUUACAGUUACAACUACUACGCCUCAGAGAGCAUGGGGCAGGGAAUAACUGGAGUUCUGCUGGUUUUCACUCUGCUCCAGUUCUGCAUCUCUAUCGCACUUUCAGCCUUCGCCUGCAAAGCCACCUGCACCAGUGAACCGACCCUGAACAUCAUCAACGUGGUUCAGAACCCUGAGAGUUUUGCUCCUAGUGCUCCUGUGAACAACCCUUUCCCACUUCAUCACACUCAGCUGGGGGUCAAUACGAUGCACGGCGUCACCAUGGCUACAGCACCCGGGGAAAAUCCUCCAGCGUACAGCGAGAAAAUGUAACUAGACCAAAGAGAAGGAAUAAAAAUAAAAACUGUUCAUUUACACUUUAACUAAAUAACACAAUCCCACUGAGCAGAGAACACACAAUCAAGGACACUGAAAGCCUUCAUCCACACACAUCACACACACUAUACACAUCACACACAUCACACACACUAUACACAUCACACACAUCACACACACUAUACAGUACACAUCACACACAUCACACACACUAUACACAUCACACGCACUAUACACAUCACACACACUAUACACAUCACACACAUCACACACACUAUACACAUCACACACAUCACACACACUAUACACAUCACACACACUAUACACAUCACACACUCUAGACACCAUUAUUGCUUUUAGCUCUUUUUUCUCAAAACUAUUUUGAGUUUCACUCAUAAACAGCUGUGCAGAUUUAUUUUAGAAAUAAACUUUAUUUUUGUUCUCUAAUCUUAAACAAAAUAAAAAGAAUAAAUAUCUAACAUGA